AUGACAAAUGAAGAUUAUGAAGUUACAUAUGAUGAUCGAAAUAAAACAAAAUAUUUAUUUUAUGCAGAUCUUGAGCAGAUAGAAUGUGACAAUCAAAUUAUCUACCUCCAUGAAGAUGGAACUCCAUAUUGUUCAUCAUUAACUUAUAGUAAAAAAACUAAGAUUGUUGUCAUUACUAAUAUUCAAGGAUUUAUAUUAAUUAAGAGAAUUAAAGGAGAAUGGACAACAACUGAAGAAAAGAUUCCAGAGUAUGUAAAAUUCUAUACAGAAGAUUCCGAAGGCAAAGAAAUUUUACUAACUAAAGAACAUUACAAAGUUACUUUUACUUCACAUGCAUCCUUUAGAUACGAAUUACACCCAGGUGUAAAAUGUACAAAGAUAAAAGCUGAUAAUAUGACUGCAUGGGAAAAAACUGAUAAUGAUGCAGAAUUUCCUAUAGUGAUUUAUGUUACUAAUAAAUUAAGUCUUAUAAUCAAUUUUGACAGCUACACUAAAAUGUUCGAAAGAAGACCUCAUAGAUAUAGAAUUCUAUAUAAUAAAAAAACUUUAGGAAGACGCAAAUACAAAUAA